UAUCGAUACCUGAACGAUAGCGCGGGGUACUACAACGGAGGCGAGCUACCCACGAAGCAGAUCCUGCUGAGAAAUCGCGACCUCGUGCACAGAGAGAACAAGAAACUGGGCGUGCACACGAGUUUUAUUUAUUACGUGUUCAUGAAGAGAAUCGAAUGGAAGCCCUUCUACGCGAUUCACCUCUUCUAUAAUCAGCGGCGGGACAAUAUCGAUGAUGCGAUCGAUGAGUACACGGCCGAGAACAUCAAAACACUGAACACGACGUUCGGAGAGAUGGCGAGAUGGAUUUACUACGGAACCACGGACGUGAUACUCGAUGGUUGAUCGGCGCGGUCAGGCCAUCAGCGGUGAAUGCGCUCAUGUCUGUAUCGUGUCUGUAUUAUGUCUGUAUUGUGUCUGUAGUAUGUCUGUAUUAUGUCUGUAUUAUGUCUG